AUGGAGCACAGUAAGGGCUGUGGCACAGCUGGCCGGUGGUCGUGGUGGUGUGGGACCGGUGAGGGCAGGAGCCUCAACAACUCGCAAGCCCAGCUCCAGCAGCGGCGCAACGUUCACUACGAUGUCGUUGUUAUUGGAGGCGGUCACGCCGGUUGCGAGGCUGCUGCCGCCAGUGCUCGCGUCGGUGCACGGACUGUUCUUGUCACUCAGAAGAAGGACACCAUAGGAACCCAGCGCAUCCCUGCUGGCCGCAAAGGCGAGGGCCCGACCACGAGGCUGGCGCAGGUGCUGCAGGAUGACUGCCAGUUCCGCAUGGGGCGCCUCAGGACUGGCACGCCGCCACGCUUGCACGUGGACUCCAUUGACUUUUCUGGAAUGGUGGAGCAAAAGUCCGAAUAUCCGCCCGUCCCAUUCUCCUUCCUCACAGAUCAGGUGGAUCAAAUCGACAACUUGGUGUCCUGCCACAUGACGUACACCAACGCGGAAGCACACGCCAUUGUUCAUGAGACGCUGCAUGAGAACUGCCACAUCCAGGAGGAAGUGACGGGCCCCCGGUACUGCCCGUCCAUUGAAUCAAAAGUCCUUCGCUUCACAGAUCGCGACCAACACCAAGUCUGGCUCGAGCCGGAGGGCCUCAACUCCGAGGUGAUCUACCCGAACGGCAUCUCGAUGACGAUGCCGGAGGAGGCGCAGCAGCGGUUCAUCCGCCUCAUGCCCGGGCUGCAGAACGCCACCAUCGUCCAGCCAGGGUACGGUGUUGCGUACGACUACAUUGACCCGCGAGAGCUGCAACACACGCUCGAGACGAAAAAGGUUGCUGGCCUCUUCCUUGCCGGCCAGAUCAACGGCACAACAGGCUACGAGGAGGCAGCAAGCCAGGGCAUCAUCGCGGGUGUGAAUGCAGCCAGUGCCGCACGUGCGCUGCCACCGCUGGUGCUUGACCGGGCGCAGGCGUACAUCGGCGUCCUCAUUGACGAUCUCGUCACAAACGGUGUCUCGGAGCCCUAUCGCAUGUUCACCAGCAGAGCAGAGUACCGGAUGACGAUCCGUGCCGACAACGCGGACGUGCGAUUGACCGAGCUAGGAUACAAGGCGGGCUGCGUCAGCGAGGACAGAUACCAGCAAAGCAAGGCCACCACAGACCAGCUCGUGGCCUGCCUCGAUGCAAUGCGCGCGUGUUCACUCUCGGUGCACGAGUGGGAGAAGUUUGUGUCGCUGCAGAAACCCAUGGCGCACGACGGCAAGCAGCGCAGUGCGCUUGAUCUCGUUGGGAAGCGGUUUGUGGAUAUGGAGCAGCUUGUGACGAUGGUGCCGGAGCUCAAGCACGCCGACCACAGCAUGCGGGAACGUAUCUUCAUCGAAGCCCUUUACGACCAGUUCAAGAAGAAGCAAGAGAGUUCCAUUCGCCAAUAUCGCAAGGAGGAGCAGCUUGUCCUUCCUGAAGACCUCGACUACGACAAGGUGCCAUCAUUGCCACGGGAAGCGGUGGAUGCGCUCAAGGCAGCGCGACCCGCCACGCUGGGUGCCGCCAGUCGGCUGCGCGGCGUCUCAGCUGCCUCGUGCAUUACGCUUCUGACCCACGUCCGCAAACGGAAAAUGGCCGCCAAUGUCGAGAUGGCAUAGCAUGCGUUCACGCGGCACGAAGAGAAGCCGGUCCCUUGCCGUGCUCGCUGCGCUGCUCUCCUCCUCCUCCUUUCGUUUUGCCAUGUGUCUCCCACGCGAUGGGGGCGAACAACCACACACACACAAGAUCUUGUGUUGUUCGCGCACUCAAAAACCACGUGGUUGUGGAGGAGUGGCGAAAAUCUUACAAUAAAUUUCAGCAGUACAAGGCACCAACAUCAGCGUGCUCGCUCCUGCAUCCAAG